CUGUGUUGAUCAUUUACUGCGGCCGUAAACCUGACUUUCGUGGCUUCCUUUUCCAUGGAAUCCCCAAUGUCCUACUCUUGUCUCCCCAGCUUCUCCCUCUUAACUUUAACCUUCCUCCUCUACUCCGUCUCCUCGCCAUUUUUGCUCGCCCGCGUCUUCGCCACCGGCGACUCCUCGUACUUUUCUGGCAUCCUCAACCGCGCCAAAGAUGAGCUUCCGUGGCUUCUCUCCAUCCGCCGCCUCAUCCACGAACACCCCGAGCUCCGAUUUCAGGAAUACAACACCGGCGCCCUAAUCCGCUCCCACCUCGAAGCCCUAAGCAUCCCAUACUCCUUCCCCUUGGCCAGCACUGGAAUUGUUGCUCAAGUUGGUUCCGGUGGCGCUCCUAUCAUCGCCCUUCGUGCCGACAUGGAUGCUCUGCCUCUUCAGGAAUUAGUGGAUUGGGAGCAUAGGAGUAAGGUUGAUGGGAUAAUGCACGCUUGCGGGCAUGACGUUCAUGUUGCGAUGCUGCUGGGAGCUGCUAAGUUGCUUAAUGAGCGGAAGAGCUAUCUGAAGGGAACUGUGAGGCUGCUUUUUCAACCUGCUGAAGAGGGUGGUGCAGGUGCUUUUCACAUGAUCAAAGAUGGUGCUCUGGAUGGAGUGGAUGCAAUAUUUGGUAUGCAUGUUGACUAUGAAUUACCUACAGGCAGCAUCUCAUCACGCCCAGGACCAACACAAGCUGCUGUAUGCUUCUUUGAAGCAAGAAUUGAAGGAAAAGGUGGUGAUGGUGGAGCUCCUCAUCUUAAUAGUGAUCCUAUAGUUGCUACAGCCUUUGUUAUCCUGGCAUUGCAACAGCUCAUUUCCAGAGAAGAUGACCCUCUUCAUAGCCUGGUACUUUCUGUUACUUUUACGAAAGGUGGUGCAGCUUAUGAUACAACGCCAUCUUUUGUCGAAUUUGGAGGAACUUUGAGAAGUAUAACUACAGAAGGUCUAUACAGACUCCAAAAGCGAGUGGAAGAGGUAAUAAAAGAUCAAGCAUCUGUACACAGAUGCAAUUCAUUUGUAAAUAUGAAAGAGGAUGAAUACCCAGUGUACCCUGGUACUGUAAAUGAUAUGAAGUUGCAUCAGCACGUAAAGAUGGUUGGUGGUUAUUUGCUUGGCUCUGAUAAGGUAAAAAUGGGGAAGAAGAUAAUGGCAGGUGAGGAUUUUGCAUUUUACCAGCAGUUGAUUCCAGGUAUCAUGCUUUCUAUUGGAAUAAGAAACGAGAAAUCUGAAAGAGUGGAUCCCCCUCACUCUCCGUAUUUCUUUGUUGAUGAGGAUGUUCUUCCCAUUGGAGCUGCAUUGCACACCGCACUUGCAGAAACCUAUCUCAUGAAGCUUGUUGAGUGAAUUCUGACUAAGAAGAAAAUAUCAUUUUUUUUACAUGGAAAAAUACUUGCACAUAAAAAUUCUUGUGAUAAAUAUUUUGGGAAGAUUAUGGAAACACCAUUAUUUUCUUAA